AUGCUUGGUGUCGGUAAAGAUGAUAGUCAAACAGAAAAUGAAGAGCCUCUAUGGAAACAAUUAGAGUGCAUCGAACAGGUCGCACCCGAUCUGGCUCCUGGGGUUACCAGCUCGCUCCAACUGCUGCGUGGCGUUCUGCGCAUUUUUGAACCGGAGGAGGUUGCCUUGAGUUUUAAUGGAGGCAAGGACGCCACUGUUGUUUUCCAUUUAACACGAGCAGCCUUUCAGUCUCUAUAUAAAGAACGCAAGCCGGCACCACACAUUCAAGCAGUAUUUUUUGAGGAACCGGAUCCUCAGGAGCAGUUUCCCGAAGUGCUCGAGUUUGUGGCAGACUGGUCCCGCCGCUACGCCGACCAGCUGGUUUUUGAUCGAGUACCCGGGGGAAUUUUUCAUGGUCUUAAGACUUAUUUAACAGAGAUACGUCCGCGUGUGCGUUGUUUUCUUCUGGGAACGCGCUGGAUAGACCCGGACGGACCCAGCCAGGAGCAUCUGAGCCCGUCGAGCCCCGAAUGGCCCUCGUUUCUGCGCGUGAAUCCGAUCCUGCACUGGUCAUAUCGGGCGGUUUGGCGCUUUUUGCGGACGUUCCACCUGGAGUACUGUAGUCUGUACGAUGCGGGCUACACUUCGAUCGGACGAGUGAGCGAUACCGAGCGCAACCCGCUGCUGCGCCGGGAAAGCGCUCUUUUCGAUGACUUUACGCACUUAGAUCGGGAUGAGGAUGAGCGAUGCGGUAGAAAGCAGAAGACGAAGAAUCAAGUUCAGCAGCUUGCUAUAGCGCAUGUGGAGCACCGGCAUGCGAGCCAAGAUCCCGCACAGGCUGCUCUGCAGCGACUGCUUUCAGUGCGUUUGCUCCUUCUCGGUACGGAUGCUUCCCGAUGGUUCGAUGGCAUGAUUCGUGCAAAUCUUGUCAGCAGAUUUCUGCGUGAAUUAGAAUCGUAUCCAUGGAAACCGCAACUUGUGCAGGUCGUGACAGACUGGCUCGAGGGAUUGCGUCUCGCCCUCGCUACUUCCCUGCAUGGUGAAUCUGCAGAAUCGCAGUGUCCGACGUUGCCUGUGAUCUUGGUAGCAUAUGACGGUUCCGGUUCCGAUGUUCAGCUUCUACGGGCACUCGUGGAGGCGCUCGCCUGUGAACGAUUACCUGCCGAAGACGCGAUCCGCAGUGCACCGAAUCAAGCAUCACCUGAUGAUGAUAACCAGACGAGUCGGCUGCGACUCCUGGUGUGCCCCCUGGGCUCCACUUGGGGAAACCCACGUCACGCCGCAGAGGCGUUGCAUCGGGCAAUAGACCUGAGCACAGCGUCACCGGCGCGGGAGCUGACCCCGCCGGCGCGUUUCACGCUGCAGUGUGCGUCGUUGAGGCGCUGCAACGUGCAGACGGCAAGAUUACAUGAAGGGCUCAUUUCGGAGCCGCUGCAGUCGACUAUCCUCUUCACUGAUCUAGUUGAUUUGCGUCUGAAUUUGGACGGGCAUAUCUCAAUAGCGGUAUCUGGAGAUGCUCGAGCUCGCUUCUCCCAGGUGUUCCAGCAAUUCGGCUGGCCUUUUCAGGAGGCAUCCGCACCAGCGCAGUAA